UGAGUGCAAAUAAUAUACGAUUAAUAAAUAUAUGAGUAGACCGUAUGCUUAUAUAAACUUUCAAUUUAUUGAUACGAGAAUUGAGUGUUUGAUAAUUAAAGAUAAGCCAUAAUUGCAGACCAAUUAUAACAAUAGAUUUGCGGAGCAUAUCAUUGAUUUCAUGUAUCUAUUUGUCUAUAACUGAAAAUCAAAUGACAAUUAGUUAGAGAAAUAUUAGUGAAAGCCUCAGAGGAGACGAAAUGCAUGAUUACAGCCAAAAGCCUUCGACGUCCAAAAGCGAAGUCUUUUCAAAUAGCGACCACUCGGCAGAAAACGGCGAUAAAGGCUACUAUAAGGAGGUGAGGGAACAUCUGUUCAAAAUUCUGGUGAUCGGCGAUUUGGGUACCGGCAAGACGUCCUUCAUUAAGAGAUAUGUUCACAUGUUAUUCUCACAACACUAUAGGGCGACC